AUCUACGUUUCUUUAAACGUCACUCGACUGCGAGGAGUACGUACAGACUCCGCACAGAAGGCGCUCUAGCCGAGAAUUGAACGGGAGACCCUCUUACUGUAAGACCACAACGGUAGAACUUGCAUAAGAAUGUGUCAAAUACCAUUGUGAACUUCACCAAGCCAAAUGGAAAGCUGGACGUACAGGAUUCCUUUGAUACCAAAUGAUGCAGUAACAUACAUUCUUUUGUACGUACCUGCAGCAGAACUGUUGGCAGUGCACAGGCUUGUUUGUAGGCAGUGGAAAGAAAUCAUUGAUGGACCCACCCUUUGGAAGAAAAAAUGCCAGUGGGAGGGAUUUAUUCCCAAGACUAUCAGAAGAUCACCGAAAAGCUGGAAAGUGUUCUAUGUCCUGAGCUCUCUGAAGAGAAACCUGAUUAGAAAUCCUUCUGCAGAGGAGAACUUGGAUGGGUGGAAGAUAAUAAGUAAUGGAGGAGACAAAUGGAGAAUAGAAGAUCUGCCAGGUGAUCAUGGAACUCCUCAUCCUGAAGAACAUGUCAACAAAUAUUUUGUCACAUCAUUUGGUAAAUGUGAAAAGGAACAGAUAAUUGAUCUGAAUGCAGAGGGAUACUGCUCAGAACUGCUGGACAACAUCAACCCUGCCAUAGUAGUCACAGACUGGUAUGCAGCACGGAGAGAUUGUGGUUCCAAGUACAAUAUACUUGUUCAGCUUCUCUCAGGCAGUCUGGAAGUUCUUCAUGAAUUUUGUCCAAAGACAGUUGUCAUAGAGCAGUGGAGUGAUGCAUGCUGGAGAAAGAUGACUCACACAUUCAAAAAUUAUGGUCAUGGGGUACGCUAUGUAAGAUUUAACCAUGCAGGCGAAGACACACAGUUUUGGAAAGGAUGGUAUGGGAUUCGAGUCACCAACAGUUCUGUUGUGGUAGAACCAGAGACUUUAACUGUUGUAUCAGAAGGAACCAAAGUUGUUUUGCCAUGUCAGGAGGCUUAACAAAUAACAGACAGAAGUAGUAGGUGUUUCACCUCCAUAAUGUCUGUAUUCUACAUGAUGUAUGUAGAAGCAACAGUGUACAACAUGACAUGCAAAUCAUUCUUCUUAGAUCGUUAAUCUUAAAGCUAUAUAUACAUGCAUGAUACCAUUUAAAACUGUUAUGUAAGAUAGUUUAUAAUAUAGUAUGAAUUGUGUUGAAGAUUUAAAAUUAACCUUGCACAAUA